CCUGCUGGCAUGAAACCGAUUCAAAGGACCCCACACAGGGGAGCGCAUUGCAAAACCCUUCGAUUCCCUGUGUGAGGAAUUUGGAAUCAGACAUAAACUCGACUUUAUAAUCUGCAACAAUGCCGCGAAUAUGAAGCGAGCCUUUUCAGUGUGUUUUCCAAAAGAACAAGAUGGCGAAGUAACUGAUGAUGACAAUCUGGAUGAUGCAGAAUUGUGGGAAGACCUCUCCAGAGAUGAAUGGGAGACUGUGGACCGCACAAUCAACAGAGGAAGCCCUAAACGUCAGCAGUGCUUUGCGCAUACUCUGCAGUUAACUGUUGGUGAUGGUCUGAAGGAUGCACGGAUCAUGAACAGUUCCUUUGCAAAAUGUUCCAAGCUGAGCUCUCUCCUGCAUACAUCCAGCACCUUUAAGGAUGCAUUUGGAGAUAAGUUUGGGCAGCGAGGGAUACCUGCUUCUGUAAAUACACGGUGGAAUUCAACUCUCCGCCAAGUCAAGGCAGUGCUUUCAUUCAGUCAUCAGGAAUUGAGCAGUGUUGUUCAGGACACAGGACACAAUGAGCUGGUCUUCUCAAUUAGGGAGUGGAACUUGAUGAAGGAACUUUGUGAUGUGCUACAACCAUUUGCCGAGGCCACUGAUCUUACUCAGGGAGAGAAGAUUGUGACUGUAAGCUCUGUCCUUCCCUGUGUAUUGUCACUAAACCACCAUUUGGAAAAAUUCAGACCGCAAGCGCGCUUCCUGGGAAGCAUGAGCCAUAGCCUGCAAUCCUCUCUGAAGGAAAGAUUCCGGGGGAUCUUUGUUAAUGUGAAGAUGUUGUCAGCAGCAUCAGGAGAAGAGCUGCCAUUUGCAGACCCAGUCUACAUCAGGUCAGCUGUCCUGGACCCAACUUUCUCCAUGUUGUGGCUUCAGCAUGAUGUGCUUGUCACCGAUGACAUCAAGAACAACAUUGUUGACAUGGUGAAAGAUCUGAUUCUACGUGAGGUGCAACCUCACACAACGUCCCAGAGUCCUGGAUUCCAAGACGUCGAAAGUGAAAGCCAUCAGGAAGACAGCGCUGGCUUAUUCUCAGACUACAGAAAACGCCGCAAGCAGGACCCAACCACCAACCCAGAGACACAACUAAAUAACUAUUUUGGUCUUUGUUGUGGGCAGCCUUGUCUGUCCUUCUGGGAUGCAAACACGGCUGUCCUCCCUGCCCUUUUUCCUGUUGCAAUGAAAGCUUUGUCAGUGCCAGCCUCAAGUGCCCCAGUUGAAAGUCUUCAGCCAUGGUGGAAUCAUCAUGAGACUCCAUCGUGCUCGGCUUGCAGAUAA